AUGCCACAAUCUCCUCAGAUCAUGAGUUCUUCUUCAACGUACUGCAUGCACUUCGCCUUGAGGAGAUGUCAGGAAUGUUUAGAUGAUGCCAUAUUAGUUGGUAGAAAUCCUGCAUUGAUAGCGGUGGAUGAAGCUAGGGUAUCGUAUGAAGGUGGAAAUGUGAUUGUCAUCCAUAAAAGAGGGGUCAAUUUCCAAUCCCAGUCUAAAUGGGAGUUUCUGCAUCUGCUGCAAAACCACCGUUCAGCCACUACUGAUUGA